CAGGUCGGGAGGUGGAGCUCAUGGCUGCUCUGGGUCGGCGCCUCCUUCGCCCGGCCCUGGCGUUGCUGCUGCUGCUGCUGGCGGCUUGUGGCUUACUGGUGCUUCCGACGUUGCUUGGCGAGGCUGGCGGAGACCAGCGGCUGGACGUGCGGGAGCUCCUGGCGCUGUCAGUGGCAGCGGCCGAGGCCGGUGGCCGGAGGGUGCGAGCUGUCCACGAAGCUGGACCAGAUCUGCAGCAGAGAACCAAGGGCCAAACCCAGGAGGGUGCCGCGGAACUACUCACGGCGGGAGACCUGCAGUCGCACCGUCGCAUGGCCAGCCUGUGGGCCAGUACCUUCCCCGGCGUCCGGGUGAUUUCUGAGGAGCAUGAUGAAGCUGCCUUGGACCUUUCAGAGCCUUGGGAUGGAAAGAUCCCCCUGGAAAUCCAGAAACUGGUCCCAAGUGGCCAGACAGUGUCUAAGGACAGUGUGACGGUCUGGAUCGAUCCUUUGGAUGCUACCCAAGAGUACACAGAGGGUCUCUUGUCUUAUGUAACCACAAUGGUGUGUGUGGCAGUUGAUGGAAAGCCAGUCAUUGGAGUAAUCCAUAAGCCCUUUUCAGGGUUCACAGCUUGGGCACUGGUUGGUCAGGGGACAAAUGUGAGUGCCCGGGAGUCAUAUGAUGAGAGGAGUCCCCAACUCAUUGUUUCCCGAUCCCAUGCUGGCACUGUGCGCACUUUUAGCCAGAAAGCUUUUGGAACCAGUGUGAACAUCAUCCCUGCUGGGGGAGCAGGGUAUAAGGUACUAUCCCUCUUGAACCUGAACAAAGCUGAACAGCCAGAUCAAGCUGAUGCCUAUCUCCAUAUCACCUUCAUCAAGAAGUGGGACAUCUGUGCGGGGAAUGCAGUGCUCUCAGCCCUAGGGGGCCACAUGACCACCCUGGAUGGGAAGGACAUUGAUUAUCGGGACUCCCCUGGGAACAAAGAAGGACUGAUUGCCAGUGUGGGUCUGGACCACUUGGAACUGGUGAAGAAAGUUAGUGGGUUGGGGAGGGCCAGAUGAGAAAAUAGUAAUCAUGGGGAGCUGCUUCUCUUUCUUCUGCCCCUCAGACCCUCAGCCAGGUGCUGGGGAGAAAGGGGUAGACUUAUGAGAUUAAAUUCAACUUCUCUUGAGGAGAAGGAAAACUUUUUAUAGGAUUAUUUUAUAAUAAAAGUUCUCUUGA